CCUUCAUAAAUCUCUCAAACCCUCCUCUCAUAUAUUUCCUAAUCACCUCAUAAAACCUUAAUCACAAAAAACUUUAAAAGCUCAAAGCUUAAACACACUUGAUGACGACCGUCCACUCAUUCUCUUUCUUGUUGUUCUUUUGUUCCCUUCUCUCAGCUUCAUCGUCUAUAGCCAAAGUUCAACACCAUGACUUCGUCAUACAAGAGACGCCGGUGAAGAGGCUGUGCAAAACCCGUAACGCUAUCACCGUCAACGGAAUGUUUCCAGGACCAACACUCGAAGUCAACAACGGCGACACUCUUGAAGUCAAAGUACAUAACCGUGCUCGUUACAAUAUCACCAUCCAUUGGCAUGGAGUGAGGCAAAUAAGAACUGGAUGGGCAGAUGGACCUGAAUUCGUGACCCAAUGUCCGAUCCGACCCGGGAAGAGCUACACGUACCGUUUCACUAUCCAAGGCCAAGAAGGAACAUUGUGGUGGCACGCUCACAGCUCCUGGCUACGAGCCACCGUCUACGGCGCACUCAUUAUCCACCCAACCCCUGGUUCCUCUUUUCCUUUUCCUAAACCGGAUCGCCAAACAGCCCUCGUGCUCGGGGAAUGGUGGAAUGCAAAUCCGGUUGAUGUAAUAAACCAGGCGAUUCGAACUGGAGCUGCUCCGAAUAUAUCCGACGCUUACACCAUCAAUGGUCAACCCGGUGACCUCUAUAAUUGCUCAACCAAAGAGACUGUUGUAGUACCGAUAAAUUCAGGGGAAACAAGUCUCCUACGAGUGAUCAACGCAGCGCUAAACCAACCGCUAUUUUUCUCAGUGGCUAACCACAAGCUCACCGUGGUUGGAGCCGACGCCUCUUACCUCAAACCAUUCACCACAAAGGUCCUUAUGUUAGGUCCAGGCCAAACAACCGAUGUACUUCUAACCGCUGACCAACAGCCAAAACGGUAUUACAUAGCAGCAAGAGCUUACCAAAGCGCCCAAAACGCACCGUUUGAUAACACCACAACCACAGCCAUACUCCAAUACAAGAACACGACGACUUCUUCUCCACCAAUCUUGCCGGUUUUGCCUGCCUUCAACGACACCAACACCGUGACGUCAUUCUCCAGAAAGUUCAAAUCUCUCCGUAACGUCGUCGUACCGAAAACAAUCGAUGAUGACUUGUUCUUUACCGUCGGUUUAGGUCUCGACAACUGUCCCAAGAAUUUCCCUAAAAGCCGGUGCCAGGGCUUAAACGGAACCCGGUUUACGGCUUCGAUGAACAACGUUUCGUUUGUUCUACCGUCGAAUUUCUCGCUCUUGCAAGCACAUUCCAACGGCAUUCCCGGCGUUUUCACGACGGAUUUUCCCGCUAAACCGCCGGUUAAAUUCGAUUAUACCGGAAAUAACAUAAGCAGGGCUCUGUUUCAGCCGGUUAAGAGUACUAAACUGUAUAAUCUCAAGUAUGGAUCAAGAGUUCAGGUUGUUUUACAGGAUACAAACAUUGUUACGUCGGAGAAUCAUCCGAUUCAUCUUCACGGUUACGAUUUCUACAUUGUUGGUGAAGGGUUUGGUAACUUUAACCCCAAGAAAGAUACUUCUAAGUUUAACCUUGUUGAUCCUCCACUUAGAAACACUGUGGCUGUUCCUGUUAAUGGAUGGGCUGUUAUCAGAUUCGUAGCUGAUAAUCCAGGGGUUUGGUUGAUGCAUUGUCACUUGGAUGUUCAUAUAAAGUGGGGUCUUGCUAUGGCGUUUUUGGUCGAUAAUGGUGUCGGAGAAUUGGAGACUCUUGAAGCUCCUCCUCAUGAUCUACCUGUUUGCUAGUUUCCAAUAAAAGGAGACGUUUCUAGAAGACUAUAUUCAGAUUUUGGUAUUGUUACUUAUUGAAUUAAAUAUAUUCAUGGAAGAUAAUAUGUUUGUCAGUUUGCGUAGAUAAAAUUGUUGUAUUUUGUUUCAACGUCGAUCAUAGGUUUAUAUUGUUUCUGUCUUUACCAAAUUGUUUGCAGUUAUAAGAAAAUUCAAAAUUAAUGAAACGAUGAAAUUUUCAGCUUA